GCUUCAGUGUGAAUCAGUGAGUGUGAGCGAACGUGACUUCAAAAUGGUUCUUCUGAGUCUAACGUUGACGGCAAUCGUUCUGGUAGCUACGCUAAUUUAUUUCUAUCUCAAGAAGCGACACCGGUUUUGGUCUGAUCGUCGUAUCCCUUGCGCUCCCGAUCCACACCUCUUCUACGGUCAUGUAAAGGGGACCAUCAGUGUUGCCCAUGGAUCGUACAUCCACCAAAAACUGUACAACUCGUUCAAACAGCGUAACUUCACCUUCGGUGGGUACAGUUUCUUCACGAUUCCCUCGAUCAUGGUAGUAGACCCGGAACUGGUCAAGACCGUCAUGGUGAGGGAUUUCAACGUGUUCCACGAUCGAGGCAUCUACAAUGACCCAAAAUCGGAUCCACUGUCCGGCCACUUGUUUCUACUGGAGGGUGCACCGUGGCGAGCUCUGAGGCAAAAGCUGACCCCGACGUUCACUUCCGGCAGGAUGAAGUCCAUGUUUGGAACGAUUCUAGAGGUGGCUGAGGAGUUCCGAAAAUUCAUGGUAGAGAAUCAUGACCGUGGCAUACGUGAGCUGGAGAUGAAGGAUGUGCUGGCGAGGUUCACCACGGAUGUGAUCGGGACGUGUGCGUUCGGUUUAGAGUGCAAUACACUUGAGAAUCCAGACUCGGACUUUUUAAAGUAUGGUAGCAAAGUGUUUGAGCAAACGCCGUUCCAGCUAGCCAAGUUUAUACUGGCGUCCAUGUUUAAGGAGCAGGCGAAAAAGCUAGGCGUAAAAUUGACCGAUGUUGGUGUGGAAAGCUUCUUUAUGGGUAUAACUCGAGAAACGGUUGAAUACCGAGAGAAGAACAACGUCCAGCGGAACGAUUUCAUGAACCUGCUGCUUCAGAUCAAAAACAAAGGUCGGCUGAUGGAUCAGGCGGACGAACCUGGAACGAUGGACAAGGUGGAACCUGGUCUGACGAUUGAAGAGCUAGCCGCGCAGUGUUUUGUUUUCUUCGUUGCCGGAUUUGAAACGUCGUCUACGACGAUGAACUUUUGCCUGUACGAGCUUGCCAUGAACCCGGAUAUUCAAGAACGAUUGAGGGAUGAUAUCGAAAAGGCAAUCGCAGCUAAUGAUGGACAUUUAACUUAUGAAGUUGUUAUGGGAAUGCAGUACUUGGACAAUGUGGUAAACGAAACACUCCGCAAGUAUCCCCCUGUUGAAAGUCUCAACCGGAUUCCUCUGACCGAUUACACAAUACCCGGAACCAAUCACGUCAUCCCAAGCCAAACGAUGUUCCUGAUUCCGGUGUAUGCGCUGCAUCACGAUCCGGAAAUCUACCCGGACCCGGAACGUUUCGAUCCGGAUCGGUUCCUGCCGGAAGUGGUCGCUACUCGCCACGCGUACAGUUACCUUCCGUUUGGAGAAGGUCCUCGAAUUUGCAUCGGACUGCGCUUCGGAGUUAUGCAAACCAAGAUUGGCCUGAUUACACUGCUGCGAAGUUUCCGAUUCAAGCCAACUGCGGCUACACCAAAUCCGCUGGUUUUUGAUCCGAAGUCGUUUGUGCUAUCUCCGAUAGGCGGUAAUCACCUUAGGGUUGAUAAGAUUUGAGUGUUUAUUUCUAUGCAAUUGAUAAGAUAAAGACACGUGAUUGA